GGGAGGAGUACUUAAAAAAUGUAAACAGAGUAACAUUUCCGAACGAUAGUAAAUUUAAAAAAUAUAACGUCAAACAAAAGUCAAAACGUCAUCCGUUGUGUCGCCGUUUGUCGUUCGUUUUUUGAUCGUCGCAUUUCUUGAAUUUUUACGUGUCUAUUUUAAUUCAUUUUCAUUAUAAAUUCUAUAUGUGCUAAAACAAGAUUACGUGACGGAUAUUAUUAAAAUAAUUGGACCAUGUGUUUAUGAUAGAACCAGUUUUGCAAGAGAGGAAAGAAAAUGUCGAAAGCUGUUGCUAUACCAGGCUGUAACAAGGAGAUAGGGAGUUUGAGAGAAGAUAUAUCCCUUUCGCCCACUGAUAAAAAGGAUGGUCCUAUAAGUUUGUUUAGUAGACUUCUGAGGUUGGAUUCCCUGGGUAAAAAGAGCAACACAUCAGGCAGCCCAACAUCUGCUGAGCCACCGCAGACAUAUUAUGGAGUUUAUAUUCCAUGUGAAAUUAAGAAAGGCCCAGAUGAAGAAACACUGCACGUGUACAAGAGCAAGUCGGAGGCCAUGGAGCUGGUGCGGCGGUACAAGCUGGCGCGGUUCAAGGUGUUCCAGAACCACCAGGACGCCGUCUCCUUCGCACUGAGAGGGGCCGACGUGGAGAACCAUGACGGGCAUGAGAACUCCCUAGUAGGCGAGAAGCCGUACCCGUUCAAAGCCCCGUCCCCUCAAGACAUGGUGUCCCUUCGGAAGGCCAUCGAGGCGGGCCUGGCCGGCGCUGUGCGGGACCGCGUGUGGGACAACCCGCGCUACCUCGUCAGCAGCGGGAGCACCCCCGCUAUAUUGCAGGAGGGUUCCCGCUACAACGCUCUCCACGUGGCAGCCAAGGCGGGAAACGCAGAGAUCUGCAACCUGAUCCUCACGACAGUCGGCGACCCGGCCUUCGUAGCCAGACUGUACGGCGCUGACGCUGACUCCGAGACUUGCAAGGAAUUCGCCGCAAUCCUAGUAGACCGCUACCUGAACACGCCAGACAAGGCCAUGAACGAGACGCCGCUACAUUUCGCCGUGAAGCACGGCGCGGCGGCCGCGGCCGAGCUGCUGGCGGGCUUCGCGCAGUGCGAUGUCAGAGCUUCGAAUAAGUACGGGGAGACGCCGCUAGAUAUAGUCUGCAAGCGGGCCCCCAACGCCACCGCCGACACAGCCGCCCGCAUCCGCUCAGCGCUGCGCCCGCAGUACUACGUGCCAGCCCUGCACACCGCCGACGACACGUGUGCGCCGCGCGUGGGGCAGCCCUACACGCCCACUAGACCACCGGAACUGAACGUGGACCCUCUAUCGCCUCGUCUCGAGAUCCGCGCGUUCGCGGGCCCCAUGCUGCCGGAGCAGGCGGCCGACUUCCGCCGGAAGUGGAAGACGCCGCCGCGGACGCACUUCCGGCUGAAGGACACGGCUAAAGGACUAGAGGGUUAUGGCAGGAAAAUAGCGGAAGAAAUGAAAGUGGGCUGGAAGGAGUACUGGCCCUUCCUCGAUACCUUCACUGACCUCCGUACCACUGAAGGGCUCAAUUUACUAGAAAACUACCUGCGACAGAAGUACGAAAACGCGUGUUCACUCGCCUUCAGUGAAAGUUGCGCUGAAAACAACCCUGAUGACCUCUCACUAUCUAGAAUAAGCCUCAACCUCUCCCAACAAAGUCCCCCAAAAGACCCCAAUCUAAGUCCCAUGUCAGAGCUAUGCGUUGCGAUGAAAACUUGCGCGAUAUCCAACGACAGGCCGGCUCAUUGGAGAAAAACUGAUCCGGUUAGACAAAGAUUAUGUAGACAACCGGGCAAACUGGCGGUAUUAACCAACGGCGAUGCAGUACAAGCGACCAGCCAUACAGUCAGCCAACUCCUAUGUAUAGAAAGAACGUGCCAAGUCUUCGCCAAAAGAAUAGCAGACGCACUGAUAUUCUCGCUGACAGCGGAACCAGAAGUCGCUGGCGACUCACUCAAGUCCGAAGCGAAACAUCUCCAACACACAAUGUUCACUUACAUGGACGACGAAAGGUUUCAACACAUAAACUUCGCGUUAAUACACUCAAGACUCGCCCAGCUAGUUGUGUUCAAACUCAAGCAGCAAACCAUAGAAUUAGACGAUGUUAACAACUUAAUAGGAUUCCUAGUCAAGCUUAGAUGUCCGAAUGACGAUAUUUUCAGUUCAGACGAUGAAAGAAAGCCGUCGCCCCGCGGUCUUGGUAAAGUUAAGGUAAACAAUGUGAUAGACAGUCAUGUCAGGUGCUUAUCUAGUUUUAUAGCUGAGGAAUUGUCUGAGACAGACAUUUCCAAAGGGCCUUCGAUAUCGGAGACCGAAUGUACAGAGAUAUGGGACAAAGCGUCUAAAUGCCAUUGCAACUGGAACAUAGAGACGUUUGAUAGAAACAGUAAGAAGAAUGCGUCAUUCAGAAAGAACAGAUCCAUUUUGUCGACGAGUCCGAAGAAUGAAAGCUUUAUUAGACGACUGAACUUCGAAAAUGAUAUUGGAGACGGUCGCUCUCAGCCGCCGCCGCCGCCGCCGCGCCCCGCCCCGAGCUCGCCCGCCGGCGACGCCGUGUUCACUGUGCACAUGGACAAGUGCCAGGUGGUCGACGCUGAGAUAUCCGAUGACGAAUCCCUCCACUCCGCAUGUCCGUCCGACGCGUCUGAGUACGAGACGGCGAGCGAGCGCGCCGCUGACGAUGAUGAUGAUGAUGAUGACAUGCAGGACGCCAGUGAGCAGACUGUGCAUGACCCCUUCGUUUAUGGCGAGGAGCCAACUCAAAUGGACCGCUUAGUGUACGACGCGGUAGCAGACUGCCACAUCACGCCCGACCAGUACCCGAGUAUCUACCGCUGGAGGCACACCGUAGCACUGUACCCGCCCAAGGAGAGAGAGAAAUGGCGCCCCCCACCGCUAGACAGCAGUCUCCCAUCCUCACCUGUCUCCGUCUCGCUGAACCUGUCGACUGUCUCCCGCCGCGGCCGCCGCGCAGCCCCCGAGUGCAGCACUCCCAAGAGGGAAGUUGCGAGGGAUACGCCCACUGAGGUUAACUUGCAGGUGUCGAACUGGCUGCGAGUGACGGGCCCCAACUCCCCGCGUUGCGCGGCUGCCACCAAGAACGUGGGACACAACGUCAGCUUCGGAUAUUAAAAAAUAUUCACACAUUUGGAUCACACGUACGAUCAGCCGCACGCUUUUGAGGUACAAUACAACGUUAUGUCACUAAGUUGCUGGCAACACUUUCGCGUAUUAUUUUAGUGUCGCAAUACUUAAUUCAAUUAAUAAUUUUAAAAUGUUGCGUUGCGGCUCUUCGUUCAGUUGUGAAUGGCAUGAUACUGGUAUUUACGAAGUUCAUCAUCACGAACCAAUUAAACUAGGUGAUCCCGUGGAAUGACAUAAUUAUCGACGUAGA